AUGGCUUCCCUCUUUGGAUCUCUCAAGAAGAAGAUCAAAUCCCGGUCUCCGAGCCCAAACCCAGGGGCGCCGGGGUCGCCAACCUUGGGCAGGAAGGGAUCCUUCGUUAAGAAUAACCCAUUUGCCUCUUCAUCCCCGCCAACAGCAGAACCGUUCCUAAAUCUCCAGGACAACAAUGACCCCCCGCCGCCGUCCUACGCGGAGGCAAUCGGGCAGGACUCCUCCUCUUCGCCAUUCAUCUCCCUUCGGUCCGCCUCUCCCGCCCCCUCCAUCCGCUCCUACCUGAGCACCUCCGAGGACAAGUACGCCUUCCUCCGCAAAUUCGACACCAAAUUCCUCAUUGAUGACUCCGGUUCGAUGCAGGGCCGGCGCUGGCAGGAAGUCGCUGGCGUCCUCAGGGCCAUCACCCCGAUCUGCACGGAGCGCGACGCGGACGGCAUCGACGUCUACUUCAUCAACCAUAAUGCCCCCGGCGGGUACAAGAACAUCCGGACGCCGGAGCAGGUCGAUCAGCUGUUCCGGUCGACGAAGCCGAUUGGUGGGACGAUGACGGGGUGGAGGAUCAACCAGAUCUUGCUGCCGGAGGUGGUGAAGUUUGAGGAGGCCGUGCGGACACUCAAGAAGCAGAUGAAGAACAAGGAUGCCAUCAUUGAUACCACCGAAAUUGACGUCAAGCCCGUCAACCUGAUCGUCAUCACAGACGGGGAGGCGCAGGACGACGUGGAGUCGUACAUCAAGGCGCUUGCGCAAAGGCUGGACAAUGUCUCGGCGCCCGCGUGGCAGAUUGGCAUCCAAUUCUUCCAGGUCGGUGACGAUGCCAAAGCCGACGCGGCUCUAAGGCAGUUGGACGAUGGACUGACUGGUGUGAGGGAUAUGGUUGAUAAAGUGUCGUGGACGGAUAGGGAGGGCUCCGAGAAGACGCUUUCUGCCGAUGGUAUUCUCAAGACCGUGUUGGGGGCUGUGCAUAGGCGGUUGGAUAGGAUGGAGGUUGAGAGUUCUAGAAGGUAUCUUAGACCGUAG